UUCCCCAAUUACAUAAAAAAGACUAUAGACUAUUCAAAAAGCCCUGUUUUCAACCUAUGACUAUGCUGCCGAAUAUGUAUCGAAAUUCGCUUACAUCCGGUUAUUGUUACCUUCAUAUGUUUUCUAUCACAUUCCAUGACGUGUGUCAGGUAACAAUUCCAAUAGGUCGGUGAGCGCUUACUUCCACUAUUCACGUCACCACCCCAACUAUCCUUCUGCAUAUAUCCUAUAUUACUCACAACUUUGAAAAGUUGAACUAGCUUUUAAUAUCCUCAUGUCCUUAGAAGAAACCGCUACCGUCAGCGUACCUGCAGAGCAACCCACCACUCCUGCUCCUGCAGAGACCGCUAAUACUGUCGUUCCUGCUGGUGAUUACCGCGUCUUUGUUGGAAGAUUGAACAGAGGCACAAAAAAGGCUGAUAUUCGUGCACAUUUUGAAACCGUUGGUGAAGUUCGCAAAGUUACGAUUCCAUUCCGUAAAAUUAAGAAGGGAACCAAGUUGGUGCCUUCCGGAAUUGCAUUUGUGUCCUUCACUUCGGAAGAAACGAUGAAAAAAGCCGUGGAGCAGUUGGACAAGUCACAGCUUCUUGAGCGUGAAAUUGUCGUCCAGCCUGCUCGCCCUGUUCAAGUUCAACCAAAAAAGAAGAACGCAGAGAAGGAGGAGGAAGAAGGCGAUGAAACGACUCCUAAGGAGUCUACGGAGACCGUUAAAAACGAAGAGAAGAGCAAGGAAGAGGUCAGCACCCCUGCUACUGCUGCUACGGAGAAGGACGAAGCUGUUAACAAAUCUGAAGAGGCUUCCGCCGACAGCGAGAAGUCUAAGAAGAAGAAGCAACAAAAGCGUUCCCCUAAGUCUAACAAGAGCUCUAGUAAGGUAAAACCUCUUCCUCCUCACUCUAUUUACGUUUCCGGUCUUUCGCCCACGUUGUCGAACGAAGGAUUGAAAGAGCUUUUUGCUGCUUACAAUCCUACUCGUGCCCGUGUGGCCGUUCGCGCUCUUCCCCCUUACAUUAUUCGCCGUAUUAAGGUCCGCGGUGAACAACGCCGUGGUCGCGGUUUCGGCUUCGUCUCUUUCGGUACUGCGGAGGAUCAAGCCAAGGCUAUCGAAGAGAUGAACGGAAAGAAGGUUGAAGACAGAGAUCUCGUUGUCAAGGUUGCCGUUUCCAAGAACGAAGCAGAGGAAGAGAAACCUGCUGCUCCUGUUCCCGCUUCCGAGGAAAGCAGCGAGAAAUCUGUUCCAGAGACCAAACCUAGUGGAGACGCUGACUCCGCUGAGGAAACAGUUGCGCCGACAAGCGCUCCUGCUCCCACAGAGACGGAGGCCAGUACUCAAGAGGCCACUUCUGAAAAGCCUGCGGCUGCUACUGCUACUGCUACUGUAGAGGCUACAGAGGCCACUAAUGAUGAACAAGCUGCAGCCUCUUCUGCAUAAGCAAGUGCGCUCCGGCUCGAUGAAUCCCUCAUGUAAAACGAAAUGAUUCUUUUUAUGAAACAUCUUGUGUUUUGGUAUCGACUUGUAAUGUGUUUAGAUUGUUAUUCAAGAAGUAGCUUUGGUCUAUUGUAAUAGGUCAUACGUAUACCUACCCUCCUACAGCUACCAAUGUGCGCGGCCGAAUUAGC